UGUCCUCACUGACAAGUAUAAAACAAUUAGACAUUUAAAUUUCAAUAACAUUAAAGUACAAACAGUAUGUGAAGUAGAAAUGAAUUUUUUGUUCAAUUCAGGAUUGGGGACGUGUAUGUUAUUAAUAUCAGCCUUUACUCUAAAUGUGAAUGGUCAGUAUGUUCUAAAAUGCAUGUCAUGCAGGAAAGCAGCCCAUUUUACUCACUGUGAGGAUAUGGUGAAAUGUAAUCCUAUUAAAGAGGUAUGUUAUGUGGAGGAAGAAAUAGACAUCGGUGGCGAAAUUGUAGUGAACGCUGGGUGCCGAGAAAAAACGAAAUGUGACGCAAUCGGCUGCUUUGGUGACGAAAGUAAGAUCAGAAAAAGGAGCGCCAAUCAAACAUCAAUCGGGAUAAAUAGCGGACAACUAGAUAGAGAUAUUGUAUGCCAUCACUGUUGUGACGGAGAUUUCUGUAAUAUGUAUGGUUGUCCUGAUUCAUUUGAUGUCAGCCAUCUUCCCGGAAGUAGAUGUUUUGUUUGCGAUCACGUUUUACAGCCGGAGUACUGUAAUGUUAUCAAAAACUGCGAAGCAGGCUAUUCCUGUGGUAAAGAAAUUAUGUCUUUUGGUUCUGGAAUAAGGUACACCUUGCUGUGUAUCAGGACACAGAAAUGUGAUUUACUGAAGUUGAUUCAUAGUAACAACAGCGGGAGAAAGAAGCGGAAUUACCAGCAAAUAGGAGCAGACUGCUGUGAGGGUCAUCUCUGUAAUGGAUAUACGCCCAUGAAAAUAGAUUCCCCAUCAAUGGUGUCUGCUAUAUACAAAUGUCCGCUAAGAGGAACCAAUCAAAUUCCGAUUGAUACAGGAGGCUACAACUCAAUACAGGAAUGGCAAGAAGAUUGGUGAUUUGUCAUUUUGCAUAUUAAAUAUGGAAAAGUAUAAUUGCAAUAAAACCAAACAUACAAAAA